ACAAGUCAUACAUUUCUUUUGCUAAAAUUAUGCGAUAUAAAUUAUUUUUGAUGUUCUCGUAAUUCUGUUCGUGAUUAUGGUCUAUAGUACGUAUAUAAAACCAUUUUUCGAGAAGUGGGGAGAGGGUGGUCGAUAUCACCUCGAAACCACCUUGCUUUGAGAACAGAGUGACGGCAGUCACAUGUCGGCCGUCGUCACGUAAUCGUCGUACCGGGUUAUUGUCUCGGUGACGUGCUGUUUGUUAUGAAAUGUGCGUGUAUAACGAAAUGAAGAACUCGGCAUAUAAUACAGUGAAUAAUUUCUGGAAAAUUAGGAUAUUGGAAUACGUGUUGGCAAAACUGAAAAAUUUCUGUAUCAUUUUCAUAUGAAAACAACAGGAUGCAAUUACAGGAUCAGAAAUUGGAGGAAAAUAAAAUUUCUAUUAAAUGCCAGUAAUAUAGUUCAAAAUGAUUAAGGAUUUUAUAGGACACCUUGGGUAUUAAACAGGACGGAUGUACAAGCGUUACAGCGUUACAACGUUACUCGUAUCACUGUAAAUAUCCAACGAAUCUAUCAAUCAGGUUUGUCCUCGCGUGACUCGAUGAACGAACAGGAAGUGGAAAAACGAUUCUUAAGGAAGACGAUGAAGGACAUACGAUUCCCAAGGGACGAGACGUAGCCUGGGUAUGUCCGAGUGCUUCGAGUUCUCCUCAUCUAUGACAGGGUCGACGAAUUCGGGGCCUCUGCAGCCCCAAAAGGAUUCUUCACCCCUACCUUCUUCACCCUUUCACUUUCAUUCAACUCCCAAGAGUCCGUCUCGUCGUAAUCAUCGUCAGCGGCUUCCUCGAAAAAUGACACUGACAUCAUCCAAUGGACAACCCAUACAACUUACUCCUCUAUGGGAACACGUGGUGCGUACACGAAAGUUCCCAAGCGAGGUCGACACGCGUCUAACGUUUCUGGAAAUAUCAGAGAGACUGCGUGAUCCGGAAUGGGAGGUGCGUCAGCAUGCUCUUCGUGUCCUAAUCGACGUGUUACCGACGUUGAAUGCUGACAUCGUGGACAAGGUCAUGCAACCAGUGGUACCGGAACUGGUCAAUAAUUUGGGCCACCCCGCGCCUGCUGUUCGCAAGGGUGCUCUCGACGCUUUACGGGUUUUUCUCACUCAUAAUCGCGACAAAGAGAACACUAUUAAAAGGAUUCUUCAGGAUGGCUUGAACCGUUCCGAGGUGUGCGACUCUUUCCAGACGAACGUCACCACCGGAGUGAUCUUGAGCGUGCCAUCCUUAUUGUUCCCAUCGUCGAGCAGCCCAUCGCCGUCUCCGCAGUUGGUGAAAGACGCAACGAUAGCUUUGGCAUCUCGUUUAGCUCAGGUGCCUCAUCAGGAGGCUGUACUGAAGUCCUUGACUAAAAUCCGUGAUGCCGUUGGCACGGAAACCUUCGAGAGCUACCUGGAGGACUACGACAACAAACUGAAGAAGAACAUCGAGAUACUAUCGAAGAUCUACAACGUAAGGUCCAAUAAAAGGACGCAGAAGAAAAGCAUCGAGAAAGUAACUGAGAGCAAGGAACAAGACCGAAAGUGGGAUAGCGAUAGCGAUACGUCAGGCAUAGCCGAGGAAGAGGACGAAGUGAACACUGGAGCAAUGUCGGCGGCUAGAAGAGUGGUGCUGGAGACUGAAAUUAAAUUCAACGAAGAAACAGCCAUCACGAUGACGAUUCUUGAAGAGAAAGACGACAGUGAGAAGGAGCAGGACGAAGAGAGCGGAACGGACGUGAGAAACGACACCGAAGGAAAGAACGCGUCUCAUGAUAGACGGAAGACACCGAGAAGAGUACACUUUGGCGGGGAGAUAGUCAAACUGAGGACUCCGGACAGCGACGAGACCGAGUCUAUCGAGACGAUACCAAAAACAAGAAUACCAGUUCCCGUUUCACCGGCCACAAAGAUGCCUAACGCGAGGCCAAGACCGUCCUCCCAGCCUUGCAGUCCUCGCAGAGAGGCUGGGAAAACGAACAGACCGUCUAGAUCAGUUUCCAGCAGCCCGAAAAGAGAUGUAUAUACUCAUAACGCGGAGUUGAGUCCUAAGAAGAGCAUCCUUGCGAGGACAAAUAGUCCGGUAUCGAUGAAGAAGUCUGCGGAGCAGUCGAGAAAGAAAAAGAAUACGAAGAAUGGUAAACAAAAUCCUGAAACGAACGAGGAACGCAUCGCGAUUAGUGGAAAACCUGAGGAAGCUAAAAGAGAGGAUGUUAUUUUAGUUCAGAAUGCUCAGAGCAGCAAUGAUCAAAAUUCGGUAAUAGUUGUUAAAGAAUAUGAAAAUAAAGAUAAUAACAAGGCGGAAAGGAUAGAAGAGGAAGUUAGAGAAGAGAGGAUUUUAGAAGACAAACGUGUGACCGUGGAGAAUAUUCAAAAAGUGGAUUCUUUAUUUGGUUCACCGAUCCGAUGCAACGAAACAGAACAGAUUCGCGAUGAUGUUAACGAAGACGAUAGAAGUGGUGGUAAGUUGAAAAGUUGUUUGACGACUGGUUCAAAGCACGAUAACGUUGACUGUGAACGAACGUCGAGGGGUGAUCGCGAUAAAGCUGCGCCUAGUGUGAUCGAGAAAAAUGGAAAUGCUGGUGGCGAAGCGGAAGUUAAAUCCGAAGAACCAAGCUGGGAGGGAUUAGGAUUGGUCGAUCAGGAAGUGUUGGAGGAUUUACAUAAUAAGGAGGACUGGAGAGCUCGUGUUAGGGGUUUAGAGAGAGUAGCAUCGGCUUUGCGAACGUCUUCUGCACUGAUCGCGAUAGAGCCACGAUUAGGAUCUCUUUUGCAUGCAGUGCUAGGCUGCGAAAGGAGCUGUCGAGUAGCGGCUGCGGGUUUAGCGGUGGCUAAGGUAGUCGUAGCUGGUGUAAGCGAGGAGGCUUUGAAGAAACAGUUACCGCAGUUAGCUUGGGGUUUGGCAAGACACGGAGGACCCAGUGCGACCCAGUUGGCCAGGAUAACGAUGCUCAGGCUAAGACCUGCUCUUCUUCUGGAACAACUUCUGCAACCGCAGUGUUUAAAUGCUAGAAAUGCCAAAACUAGAGAAAAUACACUGCAGCUGUUAAUUUUUUCAUUGGUAACGUUUCCAAGUACAGAAUUCAAAGCGGAUAUUAUAGCCAAUAAAGUGGCUAAAAUGGUUAGAGAUAGACGACGUAGGGUGCGACAAGCUGCACUUGACACUUUGGCUGUUUUAGCACAGAUAUAUGAAUCUGAGGAAGUAUUAGCAGCAGGAAAACGAGCAUCGGAAGGUUAUCACGAUGCAGAGGCAAUGAUGUCUGCAAUCAGGGCUCGUCUAGCUCGUAAAUCCUUACCCUUAGUCUCUGUUGAUGGUCUCGUUAUGUACGGUUUACAAAUUUCACCUACCGUGCAAAUAGCUACAGGACCUGAUGUCGAUUGGAUUGUAGCUGGAAGUGGUUCGGUUUCGCCCAGCAUUGGACGUACCAAAAGCCAAAUUAUAGCUACGAGGUCCGAGAAAGAAAGAUUUGCAAGGAAUGAAAAUGCUAAUUGUGAAAGCCCAUGGAUCGAAAGACCAAACUUCGUUGCACUUGGAGUUGGAAUGCGUUCUAAAACAGACCCGCCAUUGGUUUGGCAAAUGGUUCCAACUCAAAAUCAGAAUCUUGGAUGCGAAGAUGAAGUGAACUUAUUGGAAACCAAAGGCGCAACUACAAAUAUCCGUAAUGGUGAAGCUUUCAAUUUGGAUAUAAAAUCGAGAAAUCAAACAAGAAUUCCAGAAUACCCGAGAGAAUCCGCCAAUUAUCGUAUCAUCGUAGAAGAUAAAUUUGAUCGGAGGGAUAACGGUAACAAAACAGAAUCAAGAAUACCUGUAUUGUAUAUUCGCGAUCGUGGGGCAAAAAUUGAUUACAAUCAGGAUAAAUCAAUUAAUUCUCAAUUAAUAAAUCCUAAUUCGAAAAGAAGAUUCAGAGAUAAUAUAGAAGAAAAUUUUAGAAAUUGUGAGGCAAUGUAUUAUCGAAGAAGAAAAAAUCAACAAGAUUAUGAUAAUUAUCGUUCGAUGAAGAAUAACGCUAGCGCAGAAUACAGUGAUGUUGCGGACAAUUCGAAUCAAGAAUUAUCGAAUGUUAAUUCUAGAAUGUACCCAAAAUAUACAGAAAGGGACAAUCUAUCAAAAAAAUCUGAUAGAUCUAAGUGUAGUUGUUCGAGUUCCAUUGAAAGUCAUCAACCUUCGUUAUCGAAAAAUGUUCAACAAUCAUUCAUAAUGCAUAAUAUGUAUAACGCGGUUUCACACCGAGAGAACCGAUUUGGUGAUGAGAAUUCUUUUCGACCAUUGCAAACGGCUCCUACGCCAUUAACAUAUCCUUAUAAUACUGCGGAUUUUAAUCAAAGAACUGAUGAAAAUAAUGAUAGUAAUUUGUCUCGACCAAAAUUUCAUCGUAGAACGAAAGAUGCAGCUGCUCAAAAAAUUACUAAUGUUGAAGUAUCAUCAUCAGAUGCUCAGACUAGUGAAUAUUUCCCUGCAAUAUGUAGCGGUACCCCGUGUAGAAGAAGAUUACGUUCUCUGUCUCCAUCGCAGUUGUACCAUCGUCAGCAAUUUGUUAAAAUAUACGAUACAGAUAAAACGGUGAACGAAGAAGAGUACAAUGAAAAGAAUAAACAGCACUUUUUAUCGGAAGAAAAUUAUAGAGUGGCGCAGAUGAAUGUUGAAACCCAAUUCGAAGGGGAUGAUUACGAACAUUCGUCGUCGGAUGCGUUAGAUAAUAAUCAAGAGGAUAUUGAGCAGGAUGUGCAAGACACACAAGAGGAUACCGAUAACGGGUCAUCCAGUUCUGAUAGACAAAAUGCGGAGAGUGCGUUUGAUAUCAUCACUGGUCAAUCUUCCCCCGCGAGGGAUACCGUUGACUUUGUUAUCACGUUGGACCAAAAUACCGAAACUACAGACGAAGUAAUAAUCACAUCGAACGAGGACGAACCAUCAAAAGAAUGGAGCAGCGACGAGGAAGAAACUUUACAGAACAAAAAACAAACUUCGUCUAGACAAUUAGAGUUCCACGAUGAUGAUCAGAAUGAAAGCCAACUCAGUUCUUCCGAUGAAGCUGAAAGAACGAAUAUCAAAAGAAGAUCCAUAGUGUCUGUUUUAUCGAGUGAACGAAUAUUAGCAAACGAGAGCUUGCAAACGUCUAAUGAAAUCUUGCAUUCGAACUUUCAAAAUGUGGGGGCAUCGCCUUUGAGAAGCUCAGCCAGCCCUAAGAAAUCGAGUCGAUCGUCGAGUCGGAAUUCGAAUGAUUUUGAAGCGUUGAAAUCACCGGGACGUGGUUCUUGCAGCAGUUCGCGUAAAUUGAGCUUUGAAUUAGAGGACAAGAAUUUCGUAGACUCGGGUGAAGAAAAAGUGGUUGCUUCUGAAAUGCAGUGCGAAAAAGAUUCCUAUCAAACGAUAGAAUCGGGUCAGUCUCGCAGAGGAUCUAAAACAGGAGAAUCACCAACGAUCAUUAUUGCCUCCAGACCUCAUUCUUCCACGGACGUUUCUAAUUACUCUGAAAACCAUGUAGAAACCACUGUUCAAAUAGCAGAAAAUAAUAAUAAUCCUCUCAGGUUUGUUAAUGAAUCUAAUGAAAAUAAUAAUUUAGAAUAUGGACAAAGUAAAGACAGUUCUAGCGAAACGAAUACAGAACCGGGAAUCUUAAAAAUUGAGACUCAACCCGUGGAAUCUAUUAAUUUGUCCAAAAGACUCCCAUCGAAAGUUCCUCGCGCCACAGGAAGAUAUAGAGGUAUAUCGAGCAAAAGAAACUCGGAUAAACCAGAAAAAACAAAACCCAUAGUACAACAGUGUUUCGCUCAUCUCGAGAGUAAAGACUGGGAGAUCACCAUGAAAGGUUUGAAAACUUUGUCUCAGCUCGCAAAGCAACAACCUGAAUAUUUGGAUGUAUGUGCAACAGCGACGAUAUGUCGACUUUUAGGCCGACAAAUAAAAAGUCUUCGAUCACAGGUCGCACGAACCGCGUGUUUGGCAGCUGGUGACAUUUUUAGCUCGUCGAUUCGUGGUAUAGAUCAGGAUUUUGAAGACAUAGCCGAGCCACUGCUUCACAGAACAGCCGAUACAAAUCGGUUUCUUCGCGCGGACAGUAAUGCAGCUUUGGAUCUCAUGAUCGAACAUCUUCCUCCUCACAAAACUAUCGCUGUAAUCGUGCAACGCGGUGCAAGCCAUCAAAAUGCUAUUGUAAGAGCUGCAACGGCUAGAUUACUGGCAUCCAUAGUGGAUCGAAUAGGACCCGAACACACGAUGAUUUUGCCAAAAGAUGUGAAAGAUAAACUGCUUAGUACAGGUGCCAGGUUACUGAUCGAUGGGAAUCUGGAUGCUAGGAACCAUGCGAAGAAGAUGUUCCGACGGAUCAUGGGUUGCGAGGGAUUUCGAAAAGCGUUAACAGACGCGGUACCGGAAACCACCUUAAGACACAUCGACAAAACCUUGAAAACUCUUUAAUGGUUCUAUUAAACAUAAUCAUAUAAUAUCUUGCAUACGUGUCUCUUUGGCAGCUGGAUUUUAUCCAUCCAACAAGACUGUGAAAAAAACAAAUUGUUUAUUCGAAUUCAGUGGCGUGUUUUGAUAAUGAUUUUCGUGGAAAGCAUGAAACCGCGUUUUCUUCCCUGAGUCUAAUAGUAUGUUCAGCCGUGAAAGAGGAAAAGAAGCAUGAUUGAUACACGACUGACGAUGUUCUUCAACAUUUCACAUUUUGAUACUCUGAUGUACGUCCGUACAUUUCAUUUUUUAUACGAUUGUAUAGACGGCACACUCGUAUUGCAACGAGAGAAGUUUAUUUACAUAAAGUGGAUUUUUACAAUUUUUUUAUUUUUCAUAAUCCAUAUGUUACAUCUUAAUGGGACUCUUGAUUUCAAAUUGUUAAGAUACAGUGAGAUUUGUAAUGACAUUUCUACUCGACCAAAUUAUUCCAAUUUUUAUAGAUAAGAAAUUCACAGUAUGUAAAUAAUUCUUGUUCCACUUCGUAAGCAAUGCUUCAGAUGAUUAUCUGUUACACGUCAAUCUCGUUUUGAUAUCAUUUUAAGCCAGCAUUGAUUGCUUUUGAUGACGCUUGUACUUGAAAUUUUAGUGCCUUAUAAGAUUGAAAGAGUUUAUCACAA